CCCACAUCUGAGGUCCUCUCCAAGGUUUCUCAUAGUCAGCAUUGUCACUGGCGUCCCACUGGAUGUGAAUUUUCCUUGCCCUUUUGUGGGUUCUUCCGAGGAUGUCGUAGUCGUAAUGAUUUGUGCAGUCCUUUGAGACAUUUGUGAUUUGGGGCUAUAUAAAUAAACAUUGAUUGAUUGAUUGAAUCAUUUUGUCAAUGAGUUAUUAAGAGAAACGACACUGUUUGGUAUGUUGAAAAUUGUAAUGUUGUAAUUCAAGUCGCAUUUGUCUAUUUAAUGCAUCUAUAAACAAAAUACGGAAUAAUUGUCCAACUUGCUAAAACACCAAAAUUGUGUUUGGGGGUUGAAUAAUUUUGAUCACAACUGUAAACUGUUUGCCUAAUUUGCUCACGCAGUUGCGGACAAAGGGGUGUACCUCGCCCCGUCCUUUCUUCUGAGAGAUGUUUUCAUACCCAAUCAUGGCACCCACCUGUUCCCAAUUAGCCUGCACACCUGUGGGAUGUUCCAAAUAAGCGUUUGAUGAGCAUUCCUCAACUUGAUCAGUAUUAAUUAAAAAAAAAAUUCAACUUCUUUGUCACGUGUUGCUGGCAUCAAAUUCUAAAGUUAAUGAUUAUUUGCAACAACAACCAAAAAUGUUUAUCAGUUUGAACAUCCAAUAUGUUGUCUUUGUAGCAGAUUUGCAAAUCAUUGUAUUCCGUUUAUAUUUACAUCUAACACCAUUUCCCAAUUCAGGGUUUGAAUCCGGACGUGCUUUCUCUCUCCCAUCAGGGACGAGGAUGAUGAUGAUGAUGAUGAUGGUGUGCGAGGAAGAUGUGGGAGGUCCAUCCAGCCCUUGAGCAGGAAGAAGGAAAGAUGGAGGAGGAGGAAAACGUCGAUUUCCCCCCACCUCCGUGAAGAUGUGCCACCAUUGACGCGGCGGGACGGAGACCAUGCAAGACCUUCGUUCGCUGCAGGCCUGAAUCUCUCCCCCCCCCCCCCCCCCCCGGAGGCUCGAUGGAGCAGGAUGUGGAGAGCUCGGCCAUCAACAAGUUCCCCAAGCAGCUGGUGGACAUGGAGCGGACCAGGAGGGUCCAGCGCUACGUCCGGAAAGACGGCAAGUGCAACGUGCACCACGGCAACGUGCGCGAGACCUACCGCUACCUGACGGACAUCUUCACCACGCUGGUGGACCUGAAGUGGAGGUUCAACCUCUUCGUCUUCAUCCUGGUCUACACCGUCACCUGGCUCUUCUUCGGCUUCAUGUGGUGGCUCAUCGCCUACCUGCGGGGAGACCUGGACCACCUGGCGGACAACCUCUGGACUCCGUGCGUCAACAACCUGAAUAGCUUCGUCUCCGCCUUCCUCUUCUCCAUCGAGACGGAGACCACCAUCGGGUACGGGUACCGGGUGAUCACGGACAAGUGUCCCGAGGGCAUCUUGCUGCUGCUGGUGCAGUCGGUCCUGGGCUCCAUCGUCAACGCCUUCAUGGUGGGCUGCAUGUUCGUCAAGAUCUCGCAGCCCAAGAAGCGCGCCGAGACGCUGGUCUUCUCCACCCACGCCGUGGUCUCCAUGAGGGACGGCCGUCUGUGCCUCAUGUUCCGGGUGGGCGACCUCAGGAACUCGCACAUCGUGGAGGCGUCCAUCCGGGCCAAGCUCAUCAAGUCCAAGCAGACCAAGGAGGGCGAGUUCAUCCCGCUGAACCAGACGGACAUCAACGUGGGCUACAGCACGGGAGACGACCGCCUCUUCCUGGUGUCCCCGCUCAUCAUCUGUCACGAGAUCAACCAGAGCAGUCCUUUCUGGGACGUCUCGCCCGCACACCUGGCCAACGAGGAGCUGGAGGUGGUCGUCAUCCUGGAGGGCAUGGUGGAGGCCACGGGCAUGACGUGUCAGGCCAGGAGUUCGUACGUGAGCAGCGAGAUCAAGUGGGGCUAUCGCUUCACGCCCGUCCUCACGCUGGAGGACGGCUUCUACGAGGUGGACUACAACAGCUUCCACGACAUCUACCAGACCAACACGCCCGCCUGCAGCGCCAGGGAGCUGGCGGACAUGAGCGAGCGCGCCCGCCCGCCCCUCGCCUGCUCGCUGGCCGGCAAGCCGAGUCAGCAGGAUCUGGCCGAGGCCGACAAGGAGGCGGAGCCACAGAGCAAGAGCGUCCCGCAGACUGAGAGGAACGGAGACGUCUCCGGCGCCGAGAAGGAGUCCAAAGUGUAGAAGUAGGAGUAUUUUUUCUAGUAGAUUUGAAGUAUUUUUGUACAUAACUUGCUUGAGUGAACAUUUGAUACUACUCCUCUCUGACUACUGUAAAUAAUACUCUUACUCCAUUAUUUAUUGUACAAUACUUGUAUUGUAUCCUCACUCUUUUUCUUUUCACGAUACACACCUGCAGGACACCUCAUUAGGGACACCUGUGCCGGCCAAUUGGAGAGCUGCGUCCAUGCUCGGACUAAAAGAAGUACUCUUUUUUUUCACCAGGUACCACCUCAGAAAAGUACCCACGUUAAAAUACAGUAGCGUAGUAGGCCUAAGUAAUCGUUAAAAACAAGGCCGGGGUUUUAUUUAACGUGUAUAUUUCAUAUUUUGGCCCCUGUCACGUUACACACAGUUUGAACAGUCACACUGUGUUUGAAUAUGGGAAAAUAAAACGCUACGUAGUACAUAUACAUGAUCUUUGAACAACGUAAAUACACAAUAUUACUUGUUCCCUUCAAUGCAGUGCUACUUUAAUAGUGUCGGUGGAAAAGGAAAUGGCGUGAUAACACCUUUAGUGUUAGUAAAUACCUGACACGUCCAGAUAAAAACGUUAACUUUGGUGGGCCGUGACAGAAAAUCCUUAUACAAAUACAGUAGUAUUGUAAAAUAAAUACAAUAGUGUAUAUGUAGUAUGACCGCAAUAGUAAGUAGAGUAAAACUACAAUGGUACAUGUAAUACAAAUACAAUAGUAAAUAUAGCAUAACACAAUGAUAAAUAUGGUAUAACUACAAUAGUAAAUAUACACGAUAGUAAUAUAGUAAAAAUACAAUCGGAAAUAUAUUGUAAACCCAAUAGUAAACAUAGUACAACGACAAUAAUAAAAAUAAAACCACAAGAGUAAAUCUAGUAUAACUAGCAUAGUAUAUAUAAUAUAAUUACAAUAGCAAAACUACAAGAGUAUAUUUAGUAUAACUUCAAUAGUAAAUAAUAUAACUUCAAUAGUAAACAAGAGUAUAACUACAAUAGUAAGUACAACAUAACUACAAUAGUAAGGAGUAUAACUACAAUAGUAUGUAUAAUAUAACUACAAUAGCAUAACGACAAAGAGUAAAUCUAGUAUAACUACAAUAGUAAAUGUAUCUACGAUAUAGUAUGGCCACAAUAGUAUAACUACAAUAGUAAGUAUAGUAUAACUUCAAUGGUAAAUAUUAGUAUAAGUACAACAGUAAGUAGUAUAACUACAAUAGUAAAUAUAACUACAAUAGCAUAACGGCAAGACUAAAUAUAGUGUAACUACAAUAGUAAAUAUUAGUAUAACUAUAUUAGUAAGUAUAGUACAUAAUAAAUGCUAUAACUACAAGAGUAAAUAUAACUACAAUAGUACAUAAUAGUAUAACUACAAGAGUAAAUAUAGUAUAACUACAAUAGUAAAUAUAGUAUAACUACAAGAGGAAAUAUAGUAUAAAUACAAUAGUAAAUGUAGUAUAACUACAAUAGUACAUAAUAGUAUAUCUACAAGAGUAAAUAUAGUAUAACUACAAUAGUACAUAAUAGUAUAUCUACAAGAGUAAAUGUAGUAUAACUACAAUAGUACAUAAUAGUAUAUCUACAAGAGUAAAUAUAGUAUAACUACAAUAGUAAAUAUAGUAUAACUACAAUAGUACAUAAUAGUAUAUCUACAAGAGUAAAUAUAGUAUAACUACAAUAGUAAAUAUAGUAUAACUACAAUAGUACAUAAUAGUAUAUCUACAAGAGUAAAUAUAGUAUAACUACAAUAGUAAAUGUAGUAUAACUACAAUAGUACAUAAUAGUAUAUCUACAAGAGUAAAUAUAGUAUAACUACAAUAGUACAUAAUAGUAUAUCUACAAGAGUAAAUAUAGUAUAACUACAAUAGUAAAUAUAGUAUAACUACAAUAGUACAUAAUAGUAUAUCUACAAGAGUAAAUAUAGUAUAACUACAAUAGUAAAUGUAGUAUAACUACAAUAGUACAUAAUAGUAUAUCUACAAGAGUAAAUGUAGUAUAACUACAAUAGUACAUAAUAGUAUAUCUACAAGAGUAAAUAUAGUAUAACUACAAUAGUAAAUGUAGUAUAACUACAAUAGUACAUAAUAGUAUAUCUACAAGAGUAAAUAUAUUAUAACUACAAUAGUACAUAAUAGUAUAUCUACAAGAGUAAAUAUAGUAUAACUACAAUAGUAAAUAUAGUAUAACUACAAUAGUACAUAAUAGUAUAUCUACAAGAGUAAAUAUAGUAUAACUACAAUAGUAAAUGUAGUAUAACUACAAUAGUACAUAAUAGUAUAUCUACAAGAGUAAAUGUAGUAUAACUACAAUAGUACAUAAUAGUAUAUCUACAAGAGUAAAUAUAGUAUAACUACAAUAGUAAAUAUAGUAUAACUACAAUAGUACAUAAUAGUAUAUCUACAAGAGUAAAUAUAGUAUAACUACAAUAGUAUAUAAUAGUAUAACUACAAGAGUAAAUAUAGUAUAACUACAAUAGUACAUAAUGGAAUAUCUACAAGAGGAGAUAUAGUAUAACUACAAUAGUAAAUAUAGUAUAACUACAUAAUAGUAUAACUACAAGAGUAAAUAUAGUAUAACUACAAUAGUACAUAAUGGAAUAUCUACAAGAGGAGAUAUAGUAUAACUACAAUAGUAAAUAUAGUAUAACUACAUAAUAGUAUAACUACAAGAGUAAAUAUAGUAUAACUACAAUAGUAAAUAUAGUAUAACUACAAUAGUACAUAAUAGUAUAUCUACAAGAGUAAAUUUAGUAUAACUACAACAGUAAUCAUAUUUUAAUUACAAGAGUAAAUAUAGUAUAACUACAAGAGUAAAUAUAGUAUAACUACAUAAUAGUAUAACUACAAGAGUAAAUAUAGUAUAACUACAAUAGUACAUAAUAGUAUAUCUACAAGAGUAAAUAUAGUAUAACUAAAACAGUAAUUAUAUUUUAAUUACAAGAGUAAAUAUAGUAUAAUACAAGAGUAAAUAUAGUAUAACUACAAUAGUAAAUAUAGUAUAACUACAAUAGUAAAUAUAUCAUAACUACAAUAGUAUAUUUAGUACAACUUCAAUAGUAGAUAAUACUAUAACUACAAUUGUAAAUAAUAGUAUAACUACAAUAGUAAGUAGUAAAACUACAAUAGUAAGUAUAAUAUAACUACAAUAGCAUAACGGCAAGAGUAAAUAUAGUACAACUACAAUAGUAAAUUUAGUAUAAUUACAAUAGCAUAACUACAAGAGUAAAUCUAGCACAACUACAAUAGUAAAUGUAUCUACGAUAUAGUAUGGCUACAAUAGCAUCACUACAAUAGUAAAUAUAGAAUAACUUCGAUAGUAAGAAAUAAUAGUAUAACUACAAUAUUAAAUAGUGUAACUACAAUAGUAAGUAGUAUAGCUACAGUAGUAAAUAUAAUAUAACUCCAAUAGCAUAGCGACAAGAGUAAAUAAAGUGUAACUACAAUAGUAAAUAUUAGUAUAACUACAUUAGUAAAUAGUAGAGAGUAUAACUACAAGAGUAAAUAUAGUAUAACUACAAUAGUAAAUAUAGUAUAACUACAAGAGUAAAUAUAACUACAAUAGCACAUAAUAGUAUAACUAAAAAAGUAAAUAUAACUACAAAAGUAAAUAUAGUAUAACCACAAGAGUAAAUAUAUUAAAACUACAAUAGUAAAUAAUAGUAUAACUACAAGAGUAAAUAUAGUAUAACUACAUAGUAAAUAUUAGUAUAACUACAAUAUUGAGUAAAUAUUGUGCUGCAGCUCUUGUACUGCAUGUCCCGGUGUACCUAAUGAAGUGUCCCGCGUGAGAAGCCUGUACAAAGAUGAACUGAAGCGUAUGAUUGAUCUCUUUCUUUAUUUCUGCUGCGUGCGACGACCAAAAGGAUGCAACGUCGUUUGUGGAAUUUUCCAGACGGUCGAGAAUGACUUUUGUCACAUGACUGCCCUUUAAAAUGGCUUUUUUUUUUUUCUCUCUCUCUCUCACCAUCGUGCACCAGGAGGAGGAAAUCACAGAAAAAGUCACGUGUCAUCAAAAGUAUCACACAGACACACAUUAAUAUAUAUAUUAAUAAAUGAAGAGUCAAACAUG